GGGAGGGACUUUCUACGUCGGUGAUUAGCGCAAGCACGGGAAAUUUAAAAUAUUUGUAUAAAUCGCCAGUUGCAGAAAGUGUAAUCUCAUUUAGUAAGCUUCAGCUGGGUCCCUGUAUACAUUCAUGCUACGACCCACGUUGUAGAUCCCUACCAAUUCUCUAGUCUCCUUCAUGCCGUGUACUGAUCCUUUUGAAUGAGAAGGUGGGAUACAACUACCCAGCAUGUGUUAACCAUAUGUGUUCGUGAAAUCCUGUGAAUGGGUUAAGGAUUUCCUUCCCCAAUUUUUUUAUAACUCUGCUGUAAAAUUUUCUAGAGGGUCAAGACCUCUCAUUGGUUUCCCUUUAAAAUUUGAUAAUUAAAGUCAAGCUACAAAGAAUUCUGCUUAAGAACGGCACGAACCCUGGGAUUCCAUUCAAGAACUUUGCAACCAAGCUGCAAAAAGACAUCUCCUGGUUUUGCAUUCGUAUCAGAAUCGUUCAGAAGGAGCCGAACUCCGGACAAAAAUCUAUUCUUCCAAAGGGUGCACAGCGUUAAAGAGAAAAGAACCUAAAUUUGGAGCAGCUGCGAGAACAAUGUGCAUCGGUAUGUGCUAUUCAAAGGCUGAGCAACUGAAUGAUCUCCUACAUGCCAGCAUUGAAUGUGGGCGAAUGACACACAGUUAUCCAGCAGGGUUUCUAGGUAGUUUCUGUACAGCACUUUUCACAUCAUUUGCCAUUCAGGGGAAGCCUAUUGCUCAGUGGGGCUGGAGGAUGAUGGAACUGAUGCCAACUGCAGAACAAUACUGUGAAAGGAAGAUGAAACACUUUUCAGAUUACCGCGAGAAUUGGUUCUCUUUUGAAACCAAAUGGCAAUUGUACCUUCAGCAGAGAGGAAUUGAGAAAAAUGGAAGCGAUAAGGCAAUUUUUCCUAAAACCUAUAAUAUUGAAGAACGAAACAAGCUGUUCAGACGCUGGCAUUCGGAAUCAACUGGAAAGGAUAAAGGCCUUGAAACAACAUUGAUUGCUUAUGAUGCACUCUUGUUUGCUGGUAGUGACUGGGAGAAGCUGUGUUAUUCGGCCAUGUUUCAUAGGGGAGAGAGUGCUGUGACAGGCGCCAUUGCAGGGUCCCUCUAUGGAAUUCUCUUUGGAUUUGACAGUGUUCCUCUAAGUCUUUACCAGAAUCUGGAGUUCAGAGGCCACCUCGAACUAUUGGGGAGACAGCUGUACUACAUUGCUACCACAGAUAGAUCCUUGUGUCACGGUGCAGAUUGCACUCAGAGAGAUGACAGUAUAGAUGUGCGUCAAAUUGCCAGAACAUUCGUGAACAAGCGCACAUCUGAUGAAAUUAACAACCUGAUCAAUUACAUAGCUCAUCUGGAAAAGGUGAAAAAAACAAGCACUGAUAAUUCUGUCGGGUUAACAAAUAUAUUUGCUACAAAGCAGAACAGUGUUAAAGAAAAAGCCUUGAAAACUGAAGGAAAGCUUCGACCAACUAGAUUUCAGCUCCUACAGUCAAGGUUUACAAAGACUGGUUUUCAGAAUAAAUUGGAGAAACUAGAACUUCCUGUAUCCAAGACAAAAACAGUUUCAAGAGAACGUAACACUGCUGCAGAUGUGAAGGGUGUUGCAGAGAAUCUUCCCAUAGUGGACAAAAGAGACACCAACUUCACUGAAGUGCAUAGUGGUUUGGACUUGAUGGCUGAACAGAAACGUGAAAUGCCAGGAGUUCAAAAGGUAGAUGGUAAUCAGGGAAAACCAACUACUGAAAAUGAUGCCUCAUCUCCACAACCUCACAGUACCAGUCCUGAAUUUUCCAUGGUAGAUAACUUUGCCAAAAUGCACAAAACUAUAGAUUUGGGUGUUCAGCAAGAAUGUGAACCUACAAUUCUUAACAAUGAAGAUACUACUCUUAAACAGUCCACUCUGGAGAACAGUACCACAGAGCUUUGUUCAAACUCUCUAGAGUCUACUGGGAAGCAGAUAUUUCUUACAGACAAAUCCAAUGACACAUUUUCAGAGUCUGCCGGAGAAGCUAAUGUGGACAUGCAACUAGAUUCUUCAAAUGAGAACAAAGUUACUUUACCUGAACCAUCGGUGCAAACUGUUGCUGAAAUAUUAUACUCAGAUACAGAAAUCCCAGCUGAUAAUUUGACUAAGUUGACCAUCCACAAUGAGAUUCAAACCAGUAAUAAAAAUGGCGCUACAAGUCUAGAUCAGAAGCAUCCUCCACACAAAUUAAUUACAGGCUCUUCAUUCUCUUCAAGAGAUACCAAUGAAGUUAUUGAUUUUCCUCGCUCUCUACUGCAGGCCGUGAAAAGUAACAUGGAGGGAAAUCCACCACAAACAGUGAAAGGUAGUACAGAGGAAACAACAAAACCAUCAGCAUCGAGCCUAGAAUUAUUCUCUGACACAUCUAAGAAACCCUCACAAAAAAAUACUUCACUAAAGUUAAAAGACGCUUUCUCUACAGGAAUUCCAAUACUGCCAAAUGAUAAAUGGCAUGAAAAUAUUCAAGGGGAUGAAGAGUACAAAUUGCUCCAUCAGUCUAAUCAGUUUGCUAUUGACGAUAAAAAUCACAAUGCCAUGACAAAGGAACUUUCUCCACAAACAUUGUCAAAAAAGGUGGAAAAUUCAAUUUCAGAAGUAGAGAGCUUCAAACCUAUUGUCUACUUGAGCGAAAAUAAAUCAAUGAAAGAAGCCACACAAAAUUUCGAGCCUGAUCUAUCUAAAAUUCCAAUCUUCCCUCAAAAUAGAUUAAUAGGAAAGAAAGAAGAUAAUCAAAGGACAUUCAAUGAGGACCAAUGUCUGCAAAUUCAGAAUAUAAACACAGAGAAAACUGCCAGUUCACAAAUCGGAGGUUUUCAGCCUUUCACCGACUCCUGUGCAAAGCAAAAGCUGAAGAAGAUUCAACACAGCUCAGAGUCAGCAUCCUCCACCAGAACUCAAACACCGCCAGAGACAGAGUCAAAAGAGGAGGAACGGGGGGAUCACCAGUACAGAAAUAUCUUCCAGCAUGCCUGUGACUCAGUCAGCACAGCUGUGUCAGUCGCAAUUGUACAAGAGCAGCAGCCUCUAGAAUCACAGCUAGAAAUUGCAGAGGCAACAAUUUCACAAGCUAGAAACCCUGAGUCACAUAUAGACUUAUACAAGAAACAAAAGCUACAAGGAAUUCCCCCAAGAUUGCAGCCUGAUGUCAUGACUGGAAGAGAAGGUGGUUAUCCAGGCAUCUGCUGUCAGACUAAAGAAUCAGUUAAUGUAGCUGAACAUUAUGGAGAUGAACAAGAACCCCACCCUGAUGUUGAACCCAACACUGAAUGUGCUGCCUCAGCAUGGAACCAAUGUACAAGUCCCACAGCUUCUUGCAAAACAAAAUCAUGGAAGUACAAGGCACAUAGUUAUGCUGACACUUCAGUCUCUUCAAAAUCUAACCGGAGAGUACUACUGAGAGCCAAUGAUGUCAUACAAAUCUCUUCACCACCAUUACCAAGCUUUUCUAUGCCCUAAAAAUCCACACAAUAUGAAGGAUUUUGUUAUAUCUGUAAUAUGAGGUCAUUUAAUAUUUCAAAGGCAACACGAGUGAAUCUGCAGAUGCUGCAGUGACUCCUGAUGAAGGGUUUCGGCCCGAAACGUCGUCACUAUCUCCUCCCAUAGAUGCUGUCUGGCCUGCUGAGAUCUGCCAGCAUUUUGUUUUUUCAUUUAAUAUUUUAGUGUUUUAUCUACAUCAAGGAAAUGGUAAUUUGGGAUUCAGGAUUUAUAUUUUUACUGAAACUCUUCUUGCAUAAAAAUCCUUUAAAGCAGUUUCUUAUGGGUCAUAGCUCUCAAUGCCUUCAUUCCAAUUAUCGAAUUAAAGCAGUGUUUACAACAGAAUACAUUUACCAAUAAUCUUGUCAGGCAGAUGUGCUGCAGUAUCAUUUAUCACUGAUUGGUCAAUCAACUGCAGGUCAUAUUGCAAUAAAAAUUAUGUAUUAUCUUUCCCUCUGCAUUCCCUUUACAAUUAGAUUUGCCAAAAUCGUUUUCAUGUUGAAGUAUCUCUGAGAAAACCUUCUCAAUGCCAUUACAUCAACACCAGAUCAAUUUACUUCAAAACUUAAUUUAAAUAUGUAAUGUAAAGAUAGUGUUUCCCCUCUUAGAUACAUGAUUGACAAAUUCAGGGUCACUAGCUGCUGUUUCCACUUGCGCUGUCAGUAUGUAUUAUUCAAGUUCAAUUGUCAUUCACCUAUACACAUGAAUACAGACAAAUGAAACAGCGUUCCUCUGUGGCGAAGGUGAAAAAUACAGGACCAACAGUCACACACAGCACACACAUAUAAUUAUAAUAGCAGAACAAAUCACAAAAAUAUAGUCCAUGAGUGUCAUGGCCUGUAGUUUGAUGGUGCAUGUAAUGUUGUCCUGGAGCCAUGUUUCUGUAAGAAAAAGCACACAACAGUUCUCAGCGUGCUAGUGCAGCUGCAGAAAAAUGCAAUCCAGCUUGUCUUCCACUGAGCAUACACUGGAGGGCAGCACCAAUGAGAGGGCCAGUCCCCAGUGCAGCAUGGACUCCAGCGUGCCCAUGUGCCUCUGCCCUCUCACAGACCAUUUCUGACAUCUCCCCCGCUGGUCAGCUGCAACAGGCAAUUCUGUGGCACGAGGGGCUGGUGCAUGAAACAACACUAUAGUUUCUCAGAUUAGCAGGGGAUUACCAGAAGUAACAUAUUUAUUCCAGGUUGCAGAGGGAACUGAGCACAGAUCAGGUAAAAAUAUAAUCUCUUAAAAUCUCACUGUUGUUCUUAGAAGGCUAAUUAUUACACAAGUGGGGAACACAUAGAAAAGCAAUUUUAAGCAACUAUGUAUUAGACUUAUUUACAUUAGCAGUCACAAGAUAUUCCAUAAAUAAUAUAAUCAUGAUCAAGCUUAUUAUUAUUGACAUAUGCCAUGAAAUUUGUUAUUUUGUGACAGUAGUAUAGUGUGCAAGACAGAAAAAUUAUGUUACAAUAAUAAACAAAGUUAUAAGUGAUGCAAAAGAGGGAUGCAAAAGAGGGUAAUUUUCAUGAACUGUUCAGAAAUCUGAUGGGUGGGUUAGAAUCUGUUCCCAAAACACUGAUUGUGGGUCUUCAGGCUCCUGGCCUUCCUUCCUGAUGGUAGCAAUGAGGAGAGGGCAUAUUCGGAAUGGCAAAGGUCCUUAAUGAUGAAUGCUGUUUUCCUGAGGCACCACCUUUUCAGGAUGCCUUGGUUGGUGGAGAGGGUACUAAUGGAGAAAGGCAAAAGACAAGAAAUUAUAGACUAUUUAGCCUGACUUCAGUGGUGAAUAGGGUGUUGGAGUCCAUUAUUAAGGAUGAGGUUUCAGAAAACUUGGAGGCAUAUGAUAAGAUAGACCAAAGCCAGCAUAAUUUCCUUUAAGGGCAUAUCGGAUUUUCAGAAAGCCCUUGUGAAGGUGCUGCACAUGAGGCUGUUAAACAAGGUAAGAGUCCAUAGUAUUACAAAAAGAUACUAGACAGAAGAUUGCCUGACUGGCAGGAGGCAGAAUGGGAAUAAAGGGUGCUUUUGCUGGCUGGCUGCCAGUGAUUAUAGGUUUUCCUCAGGGUUUGGGUUUGAGAUCCACUACUUUUCACAUCAUAUGUUAAUAAUCUGGUUGACAGAACUGAUGGCUUUGUAACUGAGUUUGUGGAUAGUACAAAGUUAGUUGGAGGGGCAGGUAGGGUUGAGGUGGCAUAGAGUUUGCAGAAGGGCUUGGACAGAUUGGGAGAUUGGGAGGUUGAAUACAGGACAAGGAAGUGCAUGGUCAUGCACUUUAGUAGAAAAAAUAAAGGGAUGGACUAUUUUCUAAAUAGGGAGUAAAUUCAGGAAUCAGAGAUGAUUUGGGAAACUAGUGCAGAUUGAGUUACCAGUAAGGAAUGCAAGAACAAUGUUAGCAUUCAGUUCAAGGCUCUACAGUAUAAAAGCAAGGAUGUAAUACUGAGGCUUCUACUGAGGAAUUGAGGAACUUAGAGAGUCUUAGGGUCCAUAUCUAGGAAAGCAUGUAUUGGCAUUAGAGAGAGUCUUGAGGAAGUUCAUGAGAAUGAACACACAAGAAUAAAAGGGUUAGUAUAUGAGACAUUUUUGAUGUCUUAGUGCCUUUACUCACUGGAGUUUAGAAGAAUGAGGGGGAUCAUAUUAAAACCUAUCAAAUAUUGAAAGGCCUGGAUAGAGUGGACAUAGGAUGUUUCCAACAACUAAGGCUCUAUAUUUUUCUUUACUAACUUCAAAAUAUCAUCGACUGUCUACUUGAAGUUUUGAUUGACUUUAACAACUCUAUUGUGAAUUGCGAUUGAUCUUGCGAGUAAGGAAUUCAAAGAUAUACAAUUUACAAUGUUCGAUAUCCGUUACAGAUAAGUCAAUACUGUACAAAAGUAGCAGUUUUCUGUUCAGACUUCAGAAGAGUGUGGUUGACAGGGCCCAUGCUGUCCUCCUUGUGCACAAGUAAAAUAAAAAAAAAUGUUUGAGUCUUAAGCGUGCCUGUGUUCUGGGCUCAAUGAUUUUAUUUAUUUUAUUUUGUUAUCAGCGAUGACAGUUACUUCAACACUAUCUCCAGCUACUGAUAGUUCCAAGGCAACACGAGUGAA